AUGGUCCAAACCAACGCGGACGACGACGUCGUGGGCACGGCCGAGAAUCCCUACGGCGUCGCCAUCAAAGAAUGUCACGACAACCAUAAGGAUCUGCAGCGGCUGUACGAGGAACACCGCACCCGCCGCAAUGGCCAGCAAGCCCAAGCUUUCCUGGCCCCCGACUUCGGCGGCCUCGUCGUGGACGAGCACCUGCUGAGGCUCGAGAGACCCCUCGUCGAGCCCGGCUUCCGCGACGAGAGGCAUUGCUUGGUCAUUUGGGCCCGGCCGCCGUCGCAUGUCCUCCGUCUGGCCGAGAAGCUGCAGAGCAUGAUCCGAAAGGCGGCACCGCACGUGUGGCUGAUGCCGACGUACAGGAUGCAUCUCACCGCCAUCGAGAUUGCCUUUGCCAAGACGCCCGCGGAGAUUGCCUCUCUCGUCUCGGCCCUGCGUCCCGCCCUCCCGACGGUGACGAGCUACACGCACGGCCACCGCAGCCGCCUCGUCAAGCCUCUCCUGUCCUACGACCGCGCCGCUUUUGCCCUCUCCUUCCUGCCGGCCGCCGGCGAACGGAUUCUCUCGCCGGCGACGAGCUCGACGGCGCUCGCCGAUGCGCCCACCGCCCCCUGGCCGCCGCAGGCCGACGCCUACACCUACCACCACCUGCGGCGCGACCUCUUCGACCUCGUCCGCGGCGCCGGGCUCGACGUUGUCUCGCGGUACCAGGUCCCGAGCGCCCACAUCACCCUUGGCCGCUUCCUCGACGAAUCAGACCACGACACGGCGGAGAAGCGGCGGCUGUGGACCAAGACCAUGGACGACAUCAACGACUGGCUGCGGCAAGAGGUCUGGGACCGACCCGAGGCCGAGUACGUAGGGGAAUGGCUCGUCGGCCAGGAAAGGGGCCUCGACGCCCGCGACGGAACGCUGUGGUACGGAGGCGGCCGGACCAUCAUGAUGGGCGAAGGGUUCUAG